AUGGUCUCUCCUACUGGUUCCUACGGGCUACCAGCUCUGUUGUUAGCCCUACUGUCACUCUCCGCCACCGCCAUCGCGACAGUCACUCCUAAGGGUCAAACGGUUGAGCUUAAUGGGAACACGUAUUACGUUCCUCCUACAGUAGUAGCAACAUUGAAAGCUGAUUCGCACGUAUUCGGCAAACUCAACGGCUUGCAACCUCUGGCGGUCAUCCGGAGUGAUGCCUCAAAACUGACAAGCUCAGUCCUUGAAUCAUUAGUGAGCAGUUACGAGGCUGCUGACGAUGUUUUCAAUGCUGGGUUCCUUGAUAAUGUCUACGUUCAGUAUAAUGGUACCUACAAGGAUCCCUCGGAGAAUGUGUCAACCCAUUCCUCAUGGGGCCCUAAAAUCCUGGGAUAUGCAUCUGCAUAUGUGGAGCCGUUUUUGAAGCCUACCCUAUUGUAUUCCGAUGUGAUGGGGUCCUUCACUCAGGGAUUGGUGUCGGUUGGUGAUGAUGAGUAUGAUGUUUUACCGGCAAGCUUGCAGGGCUAUGCGUCGUUGACCAUUGGUGUUCCUUCGCGGCUGUACUAUACCAAGACAGCUGAGAAGCCUUUGGCUGGUGUUCGUCUCGGUGUCAAAGACAUUUAUGAUAUCAAGGGUGUCAAAACCGGCUGUGGCAACCGCGCUUACUACGAAACAUACCCGGUUGCUAACUCUACCGGCCCCGCAAUCCAAUCACUCAUUGAUGCGGGCGCCGUCAUCGUCGGAAAGAUGAAGACCAGUCAAUUCGCCAACGAUCCUAGCUCAUCAUCGUCCGGUCCUGGCUCUGGCAUCGGGUCUUACGACUGGUUGGAUUUGGCCAUUGGAAGUGAUACCGGAGGCUCGAUUCGCAACCCUUCGCAGGUGAAUGGAUGCUUCGGCAACCGACCCUCGUGGAAUUUGGUCUCGUUGGAUAAAGUCAUGCCCAUGUCUCCGCUUUUGGACACGGCCGGAUUCUUGACAAGAGACGUGCAAUUGUGGCGUGCUGCGUCGGAGGUGUUGUACAAGGAUGCAGGCCUGAAAUCCUACACCAAGUACCCCAAGUCUAUCAAGACGAUCCAAUUCCCAACUAAUGCCUCGACCCCGGCAGAGGGUCUUUUGAUUGAUUUUGUCGACAAGCUAUCGUCCUUUUUGGGAGGUGCGAAUGUUUCUGCAUUUGAUUACAAUUCUCUCUGGGAAUCCACCAAACCUUCGACUGUUGCCGCCAAUGCGACCCUCGACAGCAUGUUGUCUCUCACUUACCCAAUCCUCAUUUCGAAACAGCAGUAUCCCCUCGUUGCUGCACCGCUAUAUUCAGACUAUGCGGCCGCCAAUGGAGGUCGCAUGCCGUUUAUCGACCCCGUGCCUCUGUCCCGUUGGGAUUGGGGACUUGGAUACCCAGAGUCGCAGCUGGAGACUGAAAUAGAACACAAGAACAUAUUCACCAACUGGUGGAACACAACUGCCCAGGUAUUCGACGAGGAGACUUGCUCAGACAGUUUGAUUCUUUACAUUGGAACUGAAGCGACACCGCUCUACCGCAAUGCUUACCGGAGCAUGCCAGGUGUCCCAACAGGAUUCGCUACGUCUCGUAUCGCCAACUUUGCUGGUGUGCCCGAUAUGGUCGUUCCAAUCGGUCAAGCGCUCUACAACUCCACCAUCACCCUUCAGCAGGAAUAUCUGCCUGUCGCGGUGGAUUUCAUCGCACCUCACGGCUGUGACCUGAUGGUCUUCAAUCUGAUCAAUGAGUUGGUGGAAGCCGGUAUCGUGAAGCAACCUCACACCGGAUCCACUUUAUAUGGAGACCAGGUGACUUAUUAUUGA